GCUUAAUAAACUUCCGCACCCCAUGUAUUAUUUAGCCGGUGUGUUAAGCUCUUUUAUAUUGGACAUCUUACCCUUCCGCACCCCCAUUCCGCGGUCCGAUCCUUUAUCAUUUCAUAACCUAUCUCUUCCAACUUUUUUGCCGACACCUUAUCAUUCUCUUCCUCCUGCUAAAGCAACGCCAUCGUCCAUCGCAGAGAAUUCCUUCAAGGAUGAUAAGGGGCGACGAAGGCUUCUGGGUUACAGAGUGUUAGUUAAGUCGAAGAAGAAGAAAAGUGGCAGCAGACAUGGCCUUAGUAAAACCCAUACUGAAAUUUUGUCCCUCCGGCACUCCACGGCCGAGCAGCUGCCGGAAACCGCCGCUCUUCAGCGUGAGAAUGUCGAGCACCGCCACAUCGGCGAAGAAGGCCGCCGGGAAGCAGGCGAUCAAGGAAUCCCUCCUGACGCCGAGAUUCUACACGACGGACUUCGAGGAAAUGGAGAGGCUCUUCAACACGGAGAUUAACAAAAAUCUGAAGGAGGAUGAGUUCGUGUCGCUGCUUCAGGAGUUCAAGACGGACUACAAUCAGACCCAUUUCGUGAGGAACAAGGAAUUCAAGGAGGCCGCCGACAAGCUUCAGGGUCCUCUCCGGCAGAUAUUCGUGGAGUUCUUAGAGAGGUCCUGCACUGCCGAGUUCUCUGGUUUCCUUCUCUACAAAGAGCUCAGUAGAAGGCUCAAGAAAACAAACCCUAUUGUAGCAGAGAUAUUUUCUCUCAUGUCUAGGGAUGAAGCUCGCCAUGCUGGUUUCUUAAACAAGGGAUUGGCCGACUUCAACUUGGCAUUGGACCUGGGCUUCCUGACUAAGGCCAGAAAAUACACAUUUUUCAAGCCCAAAUUCAUCUUCUACGCAACAUACUUGUCUGAGAAAAUUGGGUACUGGAGAUACAUUACCAUAUAUAGACACCUGAAAGCAAAUCCGGAAUAUACGUGUUACCCGAUUUUCAAUUACUUCGAGAACUGGUGCCAGGAUGAGAAUCGCCAUGGCGACUUUUUCUCUGCUUUGAUGAAAGCUCAACCUCAGUUCCUCAAUGACUGGAAGGCGAAAUUAUGGGCCCGCUUCUUUUGCCUUUCGGUUUACGUGACUAUGUAUCUCAAUGACUGCCAGAGGAGUGCUUUCUAUGAAGGCAUUGGCCUUAACACAAAAGAAUUUGAUAUGCAUGUCAUCAUUGAGACGAACCGAACAACAGCUAGAAUAUUCCCGGCUGUACUAGACGUGGAGAACCCGGAGUUCAAGAGGAAGUUGGACAGAAUGGUGGAGAUCAACCAAAAGCUGAUCGCAGUCGGGGAGAGCAGUGACCUUCCCGUGGUGAAGAAUCUGAAGAGAAUCCCUCUCGUUGCUGCCCUUGCUUCUGAGCUGUUCGCUGCCUAUCUCAUGAAACCUGUUGAUUCUGGUUCCGUUGACCUUGCUGACUUCGAAACCCAGCUCGUUUACUGAAUGAAGACUGCUCUCCUCUUCUUUAAUUCUUGCGAAAACACUAUUCACGAUUGUGUAUAAUCAUCGUUUCUAUUUGGCUGAAUUAAUUAAUUCUCGUGGUCUCCCCUGAUUGUCUCGACUUUUGGCUUAAAAAACAAAAAAUAAUGUUUUUAAAUGACAACUUCUAUUUAAAAAAGUGUUUAUCGGCUUUUGUGC